ACGGGCCUAUAAGUCAACUCGCCUCUCGAGAAAGUGAGGGAGAGAGAUCGAUCUUAAUGGCCGCAGAGAAAGGGAGAGUUGUGUGUGUAACAGGCGCAGGAGGGUUUGUAGGAUCGUGGUUAGUGAAGCACCUGCUCUCUAAGAACUUCACGGUUCAUGGCACCGUCAGAAACCCUCAGGAUGAGAAAAAUGCUCACUUGAAGAGCCUUGAGAACGCAUCUGAGAAUCUGAAGCUUUUCAAAGCAGACCUUCUUGACUACAAGUCUCUUACUGCAGCCAUUGCUGGAUGCAAUGGUGUGUUCCAUACUGCAAGUCCAGUUCCAUCUGGUUCUGUACCAAACCCUGAGGUAGAACUGAUUGAGCCUGCUGUGAAAGGUACACUGAAUGUACUGAAAGCAUGUUGUGAAGUAAAUGUGAAGAAAGUCGUGUUCGUGUCUUCUGUAGCUGCUAUUGCUGUCCUACCUAAUAAACCCACGGAUCGACCCAUGGAUGAGACCUUUUGGUCCGACCCAGAUUUCUGCAGAUCAAAUAAUGAUUGGUAUUGUCUUUCUAAGACACAAGCAGAAAGUGAAGCUUUUGAAUUCUCAAAAAGAAAUGGAAUCAAUUUGUUAUCAGUAUGCCCAACUCUUAUUAUAGGGCCAAUGCUGCAACACACAAUGAAUGCUAGUAGCUUGGUUCUUAUUAAGCUUCUUAAAGAAGGAUAUGAAGAACUAGAGAACAGGCUGCGUAUGAUUGUAGAUGGCAAAAGAAUUGGUGCAAAUGCUGAAGAAAUUGUAUCCUGCUUACAAGUAUCCAAACAAAUUUACGGAUCCAAAUGGGAUAUUUUCAGUUACAUCUGAGAAAUUACAGAAGCUUGGAUGGAGUUACAGACCACUUGAAGAAACACUUGUUGAUUCUGUCGAGAGUUACAAGCAAAGUGGUCUUCUGGGUGAUGAAUAGAAUGUUGGAAAAAAAAAGAUUGUCGAGAGUUAACAAUUCAAUCAAAUCCAAUCUUUUUUUAAAUAUAUUUAAUACUAUCAAUUAUUAUUGUUUAUAAGUUUACAAGAAAUAUGAAAAAAAAAAUUGUCUUAUUUCAAAA